AUGGUUCACCUUUCAAUGGUCAAGAAGGACCAGGACGUCCGUCCCCCGCCUUCCCGCAAGCUUAAUGACAUCGAGACUAUUCCGGCCUUGGAAGAGGCUGACACCUACACGAGCAAUGUUUAUGGCUCCCACUUUGCCGCUGAGCAUCUGCCUCAGCACGAGAUGCCCGAGCAAGAAAUGCCUCGUCAAAUUGCGGCUCGCAUGAUCAAGGAUGGCCUCUCUCUUGACGGUAACCCAAGAUUGAAUCUUGCCUCAUUCUGUUCAACAUACAUGGAGGAGGAAAUCGAAGAGAUUAUGGCCGACUCUUUUAACAAGAAUUUCAUCGACUACGAAGAAUACCCCCACACUGUUGAGAUGCAUAACCGUUGUGUGAACAUGAUUGCUCGCCUUUACCAUGCACCCACGGGCUCAGAUAGUGACAAUGCAAUGGGUACCUCCACAAUCGGAUCUUCCGAGGCUAUUAUGCUGUGCACCUUGGCAAUGAAGAAGCGUUGGCAAAACAAGCGCAAAGCCGAAGGAAAAGAUUAUUCGAAUCCGAAUCUCGUUAUGUCCAGUGCGGUUCAGGUAUGCUGGGAGAAGGCCUGUAGGUAUUUCGACGUUGAAGAAAACUUUGUCUACUGCACCCGGACCCGGUUCGUGAUGGACCCCAAAGAAGCUGUCGACCGCGUGGAUGAGAACACAAUUGGCAUUUGCGCUAUUCUCGGCACUACCUACACCGGCGAAUAUGAGGAUGUCAAAGCAAUGAACGAUCUGCUGGUCGAGCGCAACAUUGACUGUCCAAUUCACGUUGAUGCAGCCAGUGGUGGCUUUGUAGCUCCAUUUAUCAAACCUGAGCUGGAAUGGGACUUCCGGCUGCCAAAGGUUGUCUCUAUUAACGUCUCAGGCCACAAGUACGGUCUAGUCUACCCCGGGGUGGGUUGGGCUAUAUGGCGCUCCCCCGAGUACCUGGACCAAUCCCUAGUUUUUAACAUCAACUACCUUGGUGCGGACCAGUCCAGCUUUACUUUGAACUUCUCCAAGGGUGCUUCUCACGUUAUUGGUCAGUACUAUCAACUCAUCCGUCUGGGUAAGCAUGGUUACCGUUCAAUUAUGACCAACCUUACCCGCGUCAGCGACUACAUGGCUUCGGAGCUGCAGAAGAUGGGUAUGGUUCUUAUGAGCCAGACUCGUGGCCGUGGCCUGCCUCUGGUGGCCUUCCAUCUUCCCAAGAAUCCCGAUCGCGUGUACGAUGAGUUUGCCAUUGCCCACCAGCUGCGUGAGCGAGGCUGGAUUGUACCUGCAUAUACCAUGGCCCCUCACUGCGAACAGAUGCGCAUGAUGCGUGUCGUUAUCCGUGAGGAUUUCUCGAUGGACCGUUGUGAUUCCCUGAUGGCCGAUUUCAAGCUUGUCAUUGAGACCCUGGACUCUAUGGAUCAAACCAUGAUUGCCAAGUACCAGACGUACGUAUCUCCUAGUGACCCCAAUGCCUUUGGAUUAUUGAGCUCACUUUCUCCUAGCCAUAUGAAGAGUCAGCGCGAUCACCCACGCCAUCAAAUCCACGCCUCGUACAAGAACGAGAAACACUCGCUUCAAGGAAAAACUGGCAAGACACACGGUGUGUGUUAG